CGGUGUCUCCUUUCGUUGAUGGAACGGAGAGUUCCGAGAAAGUUUGGCUCCGUGGGGUAGCCGUAGGCGUCAGGUGACUGCCCUUGGGCAGAGUCCACGUGAUACGGUGACACUUUGGUUGCCUCGCUCCGGACUUCUAGACAUGGCUGCAGCUCGUCAGUUACCCCGGUUUUGGGAAUGGGGCAAAAACAUCGUCUGCGUGGGAAGGAACUACGCGGAUCACGUUAAGGAGAUGAAGAGCGCCGUGCUCAGCGAGCCGGUGAUCUUCCUGAAACCUUCCACUGCUUAUGCCCCGGAGGGUACCCCAAUCCUCAUGCCCCCUUACAGCCGCAACCUGCACCAUGAACUGGAGCUGGCGGUGGUGAUGGGGAGGCAGACGUGCGCCGUGUCCGAGGCUGAGGCUAUGGGCUUCGUGGCUGGUUAUGCCCUGUGCCUGGACAUGACUGCCAGGGAUGUGCAGGACGAGUGCAAGAAGAAAGGGCUGCCCUGGACCCUGGCCAAGAGCUUCACUUCUUCGUGCCCAGUCAGCAAGUUCGUGCCCAAGGAGAAGAUCCCAGACCCGCAUAAGCUUAAACUCUGGCUCAAGGUCAACGGCCAGCUGAGGCAGGAGGGCAAGACGUCUGACAUGAUCUUCUCUAUCCCUUACAUAAUCAGCUAUGUCUCCAAGAUAAUCACAUUGGAAGAAGGGGACAUUAUUUUGACGGGGACACCGAAAGGAGUUGGGCCUGUUCAAGAAAAUGAUGAGAUACAGGCUGGAAUAGAUGGGAUUGUCAGUAUGAGCUUUAAAGUGGAAAAAUCAAAGCAUUGAGAUUAUGGUAAUUGCUCUCAUUUCCAAACUGCCAAAUCCUGAUGAACUGAUUUACUUUUUAAUGAAGGUGCGUAGGUGAGGGGUAGAUAGGAGGAGAUUGAAAAAAUACUUAUUUGAUUGGUUGUGGAUACCUGUGAAAUCCAAACAAUUGUCAUCAAGGACCUGUGUUUUUCUGCAAGCUAAUUGACUGUUUCUAGAAUAGGAUUGUGUAAGUUUUUUUUUCUGUGUGGAUCAUUCUGGAAUUUCUGCUGUACAAAGGCAUUAAAAAUAUAAAAGAUUCUGAGAAUCAUACUUCAGAUAGUCAGAUCUGUGUAUGUGUGGAGGGGCUUGGGGGGGCGGGGCAAUGAGGGUUGACUUGCCCAAGGUCACACAGCUAGUAAGUGUCAAGUGUCUGAGGCCAAAUUUGAACUCAGGUCCUCCCGAAUUCAGGGUUGGUGCUUUAUCCACUGCAUCACCUAGCUGUCCCCUGUGUAUGUGUUUUUAAAACUAUUAAUUGAUGAACAUUUUUAGAGUUGUGAAGGGAUUCAUCUAACCAAUCAUUCAGUUGACAUAGAUGUCUAUUCUUAGCUUGCCUUGGUUUAUUGAAGGGCCUUUUGAGAUUGGCAUUUUUUUUUUGGUAAGGACAUGUCGACAUUGUUGCCAUAAAAAUUGACUGUGCCUUUUGGAGCCAUCCAUACUUCCUUCUUGAAGUGGCCUCGUGACCAACUACAUGAAUUUGGGGUUUCAACACAAUUUACAUUAUGAGUAUCAACUUUUUGAUACUGACUUUCUUAUCACUAUAUUCUUAACUACUAACUUAGUUAACCCUUUCCCAACAGCAAGAGAGAAGCUGAAAUACUUAGAAGAGUUACUUUGUCUAUUUCUUGUUCCAUUCUCUGAAUAUAUGUGAGGAGGUGUAUAGAUGUCUGGGCCUUAAUUGGUAGUCCCUCAUACUGAGUUUUCGAGCUUCCCCUGUUAGCAAAGAAAAAAUGGUUUUCAUGUGCUUAGGCAGUAAAAGCUAUUGGAAGAUCACAACUCAAAAGACAUUUAUUGGCUGGAUGAAGAAGACCUCAGAAAUCUGGCUUGUGAGUAGUUGCUAGUUAAAAAACUUUUAGUAUUUAAGUAUGUGAUACUUGUUAAUACUUCUGAAAUUGGAAAUGAUUUUGGAGAAGUGCCAUAAAUGAAUUCUACAUUAAAAUAUAUUUUAUUUCAAA